AUGCUGAUAAAUUCUGAUCGAACAUUACGACUCCUACUGGACAACGAGGACAGCGUGCCGGCUGCUUUGGUCAUGACAACAAUGGCUCGACAACCGAAAGUGCAGAUGGCGUAUUUGACGAAACUUCUCAGUAAAAACGAAGGAGCAGAGUUUGCGGAUCAGGCUCUCCGGUUAUAUGCAGAAUAUGACAGAAAGAAAUUAAUGCCGUUUCUGAGGAAAAAUGAAAACUAUCAAAUCAAUAGGGCCUUAGAAGUGUGCAGACAGAAGAACUUUGUAGAAGAGAUGAUUCUUCUCCUUGGUAAAAGUGGAAAUCACGUUGAUGCUCUGGAUCUAAUGGUUAGGAAAUACAAUCAGCUGGAUAAGGCCGUUGAAUAUUGCCAAGAACAUGACGAUCCGGACCUAUGGACACGCUUGAUCGAGGAAGUUAUGAAAACACCUACCCAUGUCGCGCAAUUACUUCAUCAUGCUGGCAGUAAUGUCGAUCCCCUACGAGUAAUUCAAAAGAUCCCAUCAACAAUGUCCGUACCAGGAUUGAGGAACGCUCUUGUCAGUGUGCUCCGUAACUACGAAGCCCAUGUAGAGCUCCAACAAGGAUGUCAUGAGUCGACCCGCGGUGACGUUCGCGAGCUAUUGAAGGCCUAUUUACGGACCCAAGCACUGGCCAUUCCCGUUGGUGCUCGUUGCGCGUCGUGUAGUUGCAUUCCUCUGUCAACGCCCGAUAAGGGAGGGACGCGAUCUCCGGAUGUUCAACUGCGGCCACCUUCCACAUAA